AAAAACCUCCAGGUCCUGCUGACAUUUUAUACCCAGACACAGAGGCUCUAAAACGAUCAAUUUGAUCGGUAAAAUGCCGGGGAUGAUGGAUAAAGGCUCGGAGUAUUUGGGGAAAGGUCGAUCAAACGGCACCAAGAGUCCAUCCAACGCUUCUAAUGGACAUUUUUCUGACGAAAGUGGAAGCGACGACGAACACGAUGUUGGGAUGCGGGUUGGAGCAGACUAUCAGGCCAACAUUCCCGAGUUUGAGCCCGGUUCCACUAAGUACACGGAUAAAGACAGCGGGGGGAUGCUGGUUUGGUCUCCAUAUCACAACAUCAUCGACUCAAAAUUGGACGAAUACAUCGCUUUAGCUAAAGAGAAACAUGGAUACAACGUGGAGCAGGCGCUCGGCAUGCUGUUCUGGCACAAACACAACAUAGAGAAGUCUCUGGCCGACCUGCCCAACUUCACCCCGUUUCCAGACGAGUGGACGGUGGAGGACAAGGUUCUGUUCGAGCAGGCCUUCAGCUUCCACGGGAAGAGCUUCCACCGCAUCCAGCAGAUGUUACCGGAUAAGUCCAUCUCCAGUCUGGUGAAGUAUUACUACUCGUGGAAGAAGACUCGCUCCAGAACCAGUCUGAUGGACCGGCAGGCUCGGAAACUGGCCAACCGGAGCAACCAGGACGACAGUGAGGAGGAGAUGGAGGAGGCCGCUCCCAUCGAAGCCCACGACAGCGACUACGACCCCAACAAGGAAGCCAAGAAAGAGCAGAACCAGGUGGAGCCGGUGGUCCCGGGCUCUAAGGUGGCGUUGGGUCGGCGAGAGCAUCAGACGCUGCAGCACCGACACCACCAGCGCUCCCGCUGCCGCCCCCCCAAAGGCAUGUACCUGACCCAGGAGGACGUGGGGGCCGUGUCCUGCAGCGCCUCCGCAGCAAACACCCUGCUCCGACAGCUGGACAUGGAGCUGGUGUCCCUCAAGAGACAGGUGCAGAACGCCAAACAGAUGAACAGCGGCAUGAAACACAGUUUGGAGACUGGGAUUGAAGAUUUCAAAAUGGCUGAGGGUAACCAGAAGGUAAACGCUCGCUGGACCACAGACGAGCAGCUGCUGGCUGUUCAAGGUGAGUUUGGUCACAG